AUGACCAACAGUAAACUAGCCGCCCCUUCACUGGAAGAGCUGCAAAUGACACCCUCGAUCAAGUCCCUUCCAUCAAUCCCCAUUCCAUUAUGGCAGCUCUCAAAGGCCCCGGCGCCCCCCAAACACACGACGGCUCCUGGCCUGCGCGUCGCCAUUGUCCACGCCCGCUGGAACACCACAAUAAUCGACUCCCUCAUUUCUGGCACGAAAAAGUCCUUGCUAGCCUCCGGCAUCAAAGAAGAAAACAUAGUCAUCGAAUCCGUCCCCGGUUCCUACGAACUCCCCCUCGCUGUUCAACGCGUCUACUCCGCCUCCCAGAUCCAGUCCACCGCGAGCACUGUCGCUGGCGGCGUAGGCAGUCUGGCGCAGGGACUGGGGGAUUUGCUGGGAGGGAGCGCGAGUCAGACGGAUCUACAGGGUAGUUUGCAACCGAAGGCGCCGGAAGAGGGGAAGAAGGAGACGAAAUUGAGGCAGGCGUUUGAUGCGGUGGUUGCGAUUGGGGUGUUGAUCAAGGGCGAGACGAUGCACUUCGAGUAUAUUGCGGAGGCGGUGACGCAUGGGUUGAUGCGGGUGCAGUUGGACAGUGGUGUGCCGGUUAUCUUUGGGCUGUUGACCGUGUUGAGCGAGGAGCAGGGGCUGGCGCGGGCGGGGUUGCCUGGUGGGACGGGGAAGGAGCGAAGGGCCAUAAUCACGGGGAGGACUGGGGGCAUGCGGCGGUAG